UACUAGUGUGUUUUUUUUUUAAGGGAAAAAGUUUAUUUAAUUUUGGAAGGGCAGUAAAAACAGACAGUAUAUACUAGAACAGAGAAGAAAAGAAAAAUGGUAAUUUUUGUUUGAAUGAAGGUGUAUGUAUAUAAAAACUCAUGAUCAUCACUUCUAAAAAAUUUCACACACUAAACCAAACCGCUUUACGGGAGGAGAGAGACUUUUGGGGGGUUUUGUUGUUUUGAGGUUUUUAGCCAAAAAGGCCAAAACAAGGUUGGCGCCGCGGGGAGGCCUUUUACCGUUGGCUUUUCAUUCCUCCGCCGCGCUGCCACCGCCGCCGCCAAUAUUGCCUUCAAUCCCCAAUAUUCUGCCUUUACAUUUGCUCCCCCACCUCAGAUCUCUCUUUCCUUUCAAUUCCAUUCUGUUUUGGCGAAGCUGCUGCAUUCCGGCUAUCAAUUACCAAGGUGUUUCUUUUGGUUGUAUUCAAUAGGAUAGGUUGGUUUUUAACUGCAUGGUUGAAUGCUGCUGAAGACAGCGUAUUGGAGAGGUUAACAUCAUUCAUUUCCCUGUCAGCUGAAAGGCAGUAAAAGAGUUUGCUUCAUUUGUCGAACUUACUAACUAUUCAAUGGCUACGUCUUCAAUGCAUACCUUUAACCCACCUGUUGGAGUUAAAUCUCCAUAUUUUCAACCUCUUUGGUUACAACAAAGACAGAUACGGAAUUUUGGUCUUCCCUUCCCCUUGGAUUCCUCUUAUUUUCCCGCCCGAACAAGGAGGCGUCCUUUGUUACUUAAGGUUUCAUGUCAGCGGCGUCCUGGGGAUGUUUCUGUCAAGUAUCAUCGUGGUUCAACAAAUGCAAGUGUGCUUGAAUGUGGAGAAACCGAUAACUAUACAUCGCAAGAUAAUGAGUUUACUUGUGUCAUGAAGUUUGGUGGUUCAUCAGUUGCCUCGGCCGAAAGGAUGAGAGAGGUUGCCGAACUUAUAUGCAGCUUCCCUGAAGAGAGGCCUAUAAUUGUUCUCUCUGCCAUGGGGAAGACAACUAACAAUCUUUUGCUGGCUGGAGAGAAGGCUGUCACUUGUGGUGCUUCAAAUGUCGAUGGGCUCAAAGAGCUGGACUUCAUCAAGAACUUGCAUCUCAGGACUGUAAAUGAACUUGGGGUUGAUAGUGCCAUAAUCUCAAGGCACCUAGAUGAGUUGGAGCAGCUUUUGAAAGGUAUUGCCAUGAUGAAAGAGCUCACCCCUCGUACUAGGGACUAUUUGGUUUCAUUUGGAGAGUGCAUGUCUACAAGGAUUUUUGCAGCGUACUUGAACAAAAUCGCAGUGAAGGCUCGCCAAUAUGAUGCGUUUGACAUUGGAUUCAUAACAACAGACGACUUUACUAAUGCGGAUAUAUUAGAAGCCACUUAUCCAGCGGUUGCAAAAAGAUUACAUGAUGAUUGGCUUAAUGAUCCUGCGAUCCCAAUAGUGACUGGCUUUCUUGGAAAGGGUUGGAGAACUUGUGCAGUGACUACAUUGGGCAGGGGCGGUAGUGAUUUAACUGCAACAACCCUAGGCAAAGCAUUGGGUUUGCGUGAAAUUCAGGUGUGGAAAGAUGUUGAUGGUGUUUUGACAUGUGAUCCCAAUAUAUACCCUGGAGCAGAACCAGUCCCAUUCCUAACCUUUGAUGAGGCUGCUGAACUUGCAUACUUUGGUGCACAGGUCCUUCACCCACAGUCCAUGAGGCCAGCUAGGGAAGCUAACAUACCCGUCAGGGUAAAAAACUCAUAUAAUCCUAUGGCUCCUGGCACCCUUAUAACUAAAGAUAGAGACAUGAGUAGGGCUGUAUUAACAAGCAUUGUUGUGAAACGGAAUGUAACUAUGUUGGACAUUGUUAGCACUCGUAUGCUUGGUCAAUUCGGAUUUCUGGCCAAGGUUUUCUCUAUCUUUGAAGAUUUGGGCAUAUCAGUUGAUGUUGUGGCCACUAGUGAAGUCAGUAUAUCUUUGACAUUGGAUCCUUCAAAGCUCUGGAGUCGAGAACUGAUACAGCAGGUAAUACCUUUAUUGUUGGGAUGCAUGGUAUUCCAAUUUUAUAUGUUUUCUAUGUGAAAUGGAUGUGUUAGAAUUAUUUUCUAGAACUAUGCAACUUUGAUUAUUGUUGUCUACGACUGAGGUAUAACCACUAAUUUUAGCAGGAGCUUGAUCACGUUGUAGAAGAACUAGAGAAAAUUGCAGUCGUCAAUCUUCUUCAGCACAGAUCGAUCAUUUCUCUGAUUGGGAAUGUGCAGAGAUCUUCACUGAUUUUGGAAAAGGUUAGAUAUUCAUCUUGUCAUUUUACUUCAUAUUUACCACUAACCAUUUACUGUUGUCCCUUUGAGUUUAACAGUUUUCUGCUUGGUGUUUUGUCUGAAAGCAACUAGACUCUCCUCUGUUUCUUGGCUUGUGAUUUGUAUGUAAAAUGUUGUUAUGCAAUAUCAUGAUUUUUUUUCUUCUUGAGACAGGUUUUCCAUGUUUUCCGGGCUAAUGGAGUGAAUGUUCAGAUGAUUUCACAAGGUGCAUCAAAGGUAAUUGCUCUUGGUUUUCGAAAUUUAUUUUCCUUUUCCUCCUUUCAUUUUGAGUUGGGUUGGGAUUAAAUUCAGAUCUGAUCAAUUCUUAAAGUAGUGUCAUGUAAGAUAAUGUUAAUCAAGCAGCAAGCGACAUAAAUAUUUGAUACUUUUGGAUGUGUUGCUGGAUCAAUGAGUAAUUUUCCUGUGAAUCAGGUAAAUAUCUCGUUAAUAGUGAACGACAGUGAAGCAGAACAAUGUGUCAGGUGUCUUCAUUCGACAUUUUUUGAGAGCGAUCCCCCAACUGUUUUACUGGGAAGUAAAUCGGGAAAUGGUUCAAUUGUAUCCGAGUCAAAUGUGUGCUGACAAGCCUUUCUGAGCUGUGGUUGAUGUGGUUUUUCGUCCCUUUUUGAUUGAGAAUUAACACCUCAGGCGUCACUCAUAAACAACAACUUUUGGUUUAUGCAUAUGACGCUUGUCUUAGGUGUUCGAGGUGAUAUGUUACAACAUUAUGUUGAUGAGAAUUAGUAAGACCGAGUUUGGGAGAAUAGAUCAUAGAGGUCAUGAUCUGCAGACAAGCAGACAAGAUAUAUGUAACAUUGUUGUUGUAAUUGGAUCAUUUUGUAAUGAUGGUUUAAAAGAUUAUUUGUGUCUCAUCAUAUUAAUUAUAUAGCGGUUACCUUCUUUUGAAUGGGAAUAUAUAUGUUAAUUUGAUAAAGCAUGGUGUCAUGGUGAUAUGAUCCAUACAUGUCCGAAAGGUCUUGCUGUUUCUGUUGUUUGAUGCGAAGUUAAUAUCACAGAUCGUUGCAAUUUGAGUGUGUGUGACUUUAGUGUGUCAUGGCGAGCUUUCUAGAACAGCUUAUAGAUGAUUUUAUUUUUGGCUUACAUUUAUAAUAUUUUGUAUCUCAAAUACAUUCAAGGUUAAAGCAAUCACCAUUGCUUCUCCUGCUAAUCAAAACUACCUUCUUUCUUAC